AUGGGCCGCACCGCAGCACUGCCUUUUGCACCACAUCGCCAGCAGCACGGUGCGGCCAAAACUGCCGGCCAUGCCCACAUUGGCGUCUUUCUCGGAGCCAAUCUUCAUCAGAGAAUCGCGGUUUGCAACGCUCUAGCGACUCGUCUCAGCCCACGGCGCUGCCGCAGCUGCUCGUGGCCAAAGACGCAACCAGACUCCUCAUCGCAGGAUCUAUCCCACAAAGAGAGCCACGCCGUCUUUGGCCAGGCCACGCUUUGGAUUGUGCCCUGA